CUCACCAGGGGUGGCAGCAACAGACCAGCUUGACUUUUCCAGUCUUUCUCCAAACCCGCUGAGGUGUUUCCCACCGACUUUCUUUCCGUACUGCACUAGCAAACGCUGGGGGUGAAAGGUCACAAAGAUGGCGCUGGCCGUACGUCUUUUAUCCCGCUUACUGCUAUUUCGGCCUCUGCCCGGCUGGGCCGCCCGACUCCAGAGCCCUGGUUCGGCCGAGGUGAGGCCGCCAUGGCCUGGAUUUUGCUGCUUCUGCCGCCGCCGCCUUGGUUCGGGAACGACCCCAUUUCCUCGAGUCUCUUGGGCCUUGGCGCUGCCAGCUCGGGGUCCUGGGCGUCCCCUGCUCAGCCCUCGGGAGCUCCCUGCAACUCUCCCCGCCUUCUCUUCCUGCUCUCGGCGAACGUACAGCACGGAGGAUCAGCCCCAGCAGCGCCAGAAAACCAAGAUGAUCAUUCUGGGGUUCCCCAACCCCAUCAACUGGGUUCGGACUCGAAUUUACUCCUUCCUUAUCUGGGCCUAUUUCGACCAAGAGUUCAGCAUCGCAGAAUUCUCAGAGGGAGCGAAGCAGGCUUUUUCUCAUGUGUCCAAGUUGCUGUCACAGUGUAAAUUUGAUCUAUUGGAAGAACUCGUGGCCAAAGAGGCUCUACAUGUAUUAAAAGAAAAGGUAACUUCAUUACCUGACAACCAUAAACAUGCCCUUGCUGCUGACAUAGAUGAAAUUGUAUACACAUCUACAGGCGACAUCUCCAUUUACUACGAUGAGAAAGGAAGGAAGUUUGUUAACAUCCUGAUGUGCUUUUGGUAUCUAACCAGUGCCAACAUCCCCAGUGAAACUAUAAGUGGAGCCAGUGUGUUCCAGGUUAAGUUGGGGGAUCAGAACGUGGAAACUAAACAGCUUCUUAGUGCAAGCUAUGAGUUUCAGAGGGAGUUUACACAAGGAGUAAAACCUGACUGGACCAUCGCACGGAUUGAACACCCAAAGUUGUUAGAAUAAUCUUUCUUGGGAAAAUGAGCUUAUUGGACUUUUAGCAAUUACUUGAAAAACUAAGGAAGAAAAUUUUUUGGAUCAGUUGAUCUUCACUUAAGUCUGUGGAUUAAUUUUGUAUUAUUUUAAAGUAUUACUUGUAAAUUGGCAUGAUACAAUAAAGCAUUUUCCACAGAUUGUUAUCACUUUCUAUAGAAGAAGUCAAAGUAAAAAAUUAUAGCAGCC